AUGACACAACCUAUCCGUGUUGGACUCCUUGGUGCUUCUGCUAUCGCUGGGAAGGUUUGGAGAGCUAUUCAAGCCGCUGGUCUUGUUGUUACUGCAGUGGGAAGCCGAAAUCCAAGUAAAGCUGAGACCUUUGUACAAGAAUGCUCUACUGAACUUCAUAUUGAUGUGGACAAAAGACCAAGGGUAUGCACUUAUGAUGAGUUGGUAACAUCUGAUGAUGUAGACAUUGUUUACAUCUCCAUUCCUGUGAUGGAACGUCUAACGUGGGUGAUGAAAUGUGCACAUAAUGGAAAGCAUGUUGUUGGAGAAAAACCUCCGGCGGAAAAUGCCGAUGUUCUCCAAAGUUGGCUAGAUCAGUUAAGAGUAAAGAAACUUUUAUAUAUGGAUGGUACAAUGUUCUCUCAUGGACCUUGGUUAAAGAAAUUAUUGCAAACAAUCCCACGAUGUGGAUCUAUCCGACGCCUAACAGCAACCCUUACAUGGUAUGCAGAUGAGGAAAAUCAGAAAACAAAUAUUCGUUUCAAUCCCGCAUUGGAAAAUCUCGGUGCCCUAGGUGAUUGUGGAUGGUACUGUGUAAGAGCUAUGCUGCAUAUCAUGCAAUUUCAUAUGCCCAUAUCCGCGGUUGGACGUAUUUUGGAAACAAAUGAUAAAGGCGCUAUCGUUGCCUUUUCAGGUGAACUUACAUUUAAUCUCGGUGCUGAAAAUAUUACAGGAUUCUUUUAUUGUGGCUUUAACAGUGCUGCACAGGCAGAGCUUACCAUUUCUGGUACAACAGGAAUCAUUGAAUCUCCAAAUAUUUACAACCCCAUUACAAAACCUCCUGGACAUGCUAGUUUUAAGUUUAUUGAUGCCUCUACCAAAGCAUGUGGUACCAAACUGACUGUUAAACGUGAUGAGGAUAUCAUUGAAGUACCUGAAGAGGAUGGAUACUUCCAGGAGGCUGAAAUGUGGCGUGAUGUUGCGGCUUCUCUUUCGCCUGAUGCCGAAGGAAGACUCGUCGCAUCUGCAGAGGCAAUCCAAAAGUGGGGUCGUAUGUCCUGGAUGACACAAUUCGUUUUGGAUAAACUCCUGGAGUCGGCUAGAAUGCAGGUCUCAUAA